UCAACCCGUAGUGGCCGUUCGGGAUUUUACCUAAAGUCAAUGUGUAUGUCACACAUUGUCGAUAGCUCAGUUAUGGACCAGUUCUGACGUGUCGAAGGAAAAAUGGUUCGACUUUGUCCGUAGUUGUUUUACUCGGUAAAACUUGUCGGUGUACUCGGUAAUACUUGUCGGUGUACUGCAGACGUCAACCUGAAGCGACACUCAAAGUGACUGUCACCUGGGCACACCUGCAUUCCUUUUGUGUUUUUUUUUUUUUCUUUCUUUCUUUUUUUCCCCCAUAAUGAACUUUCGAUAUAUCUUCGGCUACUGUAUUUUUACCUCUUGUCUUGUUGCUGGAGAGUCUCCAAUCUAUGGACUCCAGGGGCAAGCUGUCGAGUUGAAAACAAACAUCAAAUCUACCCCUGAUGAAAUUCUGUGGAAGCGUAAUGGGAACAAAGUGUUAGAGUUUAAUGGCAUUGAGGAGACACUUUAUGGCUCCUUUAAAAACAGGGUUACUCUUGACUGGCAUUCUGCAGAUCUGACAAUUGAAGGCCUCACAUUUGAAGACAGUGGAGACUAUGAAUUGGAAGUGUUCACAAAGAAAAUAUUGGAUCGUACAUCUUAUAAAUUGCAAGUCAUUGACAAAGUGGCCAAGCCUAACGUUACCUGUGAGAUGCACAAAGAUGGCGGCUCAGAUGAAUCUGGAAAGCAUGCCACGCUGACGUGCUCUGUAGAAUCCAGACAGUUUCAGUCUUUAAUGACGUUUGAAUGGAGCUCAAAUGGAAAUGUGCAGCGUGGCCAGAAUUUGACGAUAUCUGUUGGAGAUGGGCAUGACAGUGAAGAGCACACGUGCACCGUGAGCAACCCGCUCACUAGAGCAUCCACAGUGUUCACUGCUAAGGAGUGCAACCCCGUUAAGGAGAACUCAACAACGCUGAUUGUCAUCAUUUGUGUUAUAUGUGCUUUACUACUUUUGGCUGCACUGCUCUUCAUCUUACACCGUAAAGGAUGCUUUUCAACAGCAGGGAAAACUGAUGUGGAGAAACAACCCUGUCGUGAUGAGGGAGUCAGUCGAGAAGGACAGCCUCUCAUAAACAGAGCCCCUACGCUGCCCUCUCAUCAGAAACUUGCCCAUUUACACCACAGGAAUACUGAGGAUGAGGAUGGUCACUCAGAGUUAGGGGAGCACUCUCCAAAAGGUAAUGUCAGGGGUCGUGUAAGUGAUAUAGAGCAAAGGACGACUCAGCAACAUGCAGCAAAAACUAAAGACAAGGAUGGUGGAAUCUCUCCCACCCAUGUGUUGAACAGCCCCUGUUCAGCCCCUGUUCAGGAUCUUUCUGUGAAUGAUCAAGAACCUGCUAAUGAAGACAAGCACAAAGACGCUACAGAGAAAGACGACUCUGAGAGUUAUUCUUCUGAGUCGGAGAAGGCAGAUGAUGCUUUAGCUGGAAAAGACAAGGACAGUAAAACUUCAUCUCCUCCCCCUGUAGGUCCAAAACCACGUCCUGUCCCUGCUGAUAAAGACGAGCUCAAAGAGGCUGCAGAGGAAGACGGCUCUGAGGGUGCUUCUUCUGACUCUGAGAAGAAGAAUGACGCUUUACCAGAACCGGUCAAGAUCCGAGUCAUCAAAUUAGAGAAAAACAAUCAGCAACACACACCAGCAGCAGGACAAAACAAGGACAGUAAAAUUUCAUCUCCUCCCCCUGUAGCUCCAAAAUCAUCUUCUGUGUCGCAUCCUUCUGUAAAUGACCAAGAAACUGCUGAUAAAAAUGAGCUUAAAGAGGCUGCAAAGAAAGACGACUCUGAGAAGAAGAAUGACGCUUUAUCAGGACAAAACAAGGACAGUAAAAUUUCAUCUCCUCCCCCUGUAGCUCCAAAAUCAUCUUCUGUGUCGCAUCCUUCUGUAAAACACCAAGAAACUGCUGAUAAAGAUGAGCUUAAAGAGGCUGCAAAGAAAGACGACUCUGAGAAGAAGAAUGACGCUUUAUCAGAACCGGUCAAGAGCCGAGUCUUUAAAUUUGAGGAAAACAAUCAGCAACACACACCAGCAGCAGGACAAGACAAGGACAGUAAAAUUUCAUCUCCUCCCCCUGUAGCUCCAAAAUCAUCUUCUGUGUCGCCUCCUUCUGUAAAUGACCAAGAAACUGCUGAUAAAAAUGAGCUUAAAGAGGCUGCAGAGAAAGACGACUCUGAGAAGAAGGAUGACGCUUUACCAGAAUUGGUCAAGAGCCGGGUCUUUAAAUUUGAGGAAAACAAUCAGCAACACACACCAGCAGCAGGACAAGACAAGGACAGUAAAAUUUCAUCUCCUCCCCCUGUAGCUCCAAAAGCAUUCUCUGUGAAGCGUCCUUCUGUAAAUGACCAAGAAACUGCUGAUAAAAAUGAGCUUAAAGAGGCUGCAGAGAAAGACGACUCUGAGAAGAAGAAUGACGCUUUAUCAGAAUUGGUCAAGAGCCGGGUCUUUAAAUUUGAGGAAAACAAUCAGCAACACACACCAGCAGCAGGACAAGACAAGGACAGUAAAAUUUCAUCUCCUCCCCCUGUAGCUCCAAAAGCAUUCUCUGUGAAGCGUCCUUCUGUAAAUGACCAAGAAACUGCUGAUAAAAAUGAGCUUAAAGAGGCUGCAGAGAAAGACGACUCUGAGAAGAAGAAUGACGCUUUAUCAGAACCGGUCAAGAGCCGAGUCUUUAAAUUUGAGGAAAACAAUCAGCAACACACACCAGCAGCAGCUCCAAAAUCAUCUUCUGUGUCGCAUCCUUCUGUAAAUGACCAAGAAACUGCAGAUAAAGAUGAGCUUAAAGAGGCUGCAGAGAAAGACGACUCUGAGAAGAAGAAUGACGCUUUAUCAGAGUCAGAUGAGGAGAUGGAUGAGGAUGCAACAUUUGCUUCCCAAAGUGAUGUCUCUGCCUCUGCUGACCAGCCACACCCAGCUUCUACCCCAAAUACUCCAAACAUGGCACCAAAAGACGAUGCUGAUAAAACAUAAAGAAAACACCAGCUCAGAUUAGGCGCUGAAGUGGACUUGAGAAAAGUGUUUGAGAGGCUGAGUCAUUACGCUCAGUGGGAUGUAUUAAGGUUACCAUGCAGGUAGAAGAGUCCUCCUCCACCACCGCUGAAUAGAAAAUGUAUAUAAACCAAAGCACAUGAACAAAUUAAAAACUGCAACUAACAGAAACAAACUGAGAUGUGAAGACCGAACAAGAAUUAAGCAAACAGAUUUUUCAAGAAGACAAUGCAGAUGGCAUAGGUGACCAAGAAAAACUGAUUCUCUUUUAAACACCCCUCAGUAGCAUCAAAACCGGACAACAGUAAUGUUGACAACCUGCCAAGGUCCCCUAGUACUGCACAUGCAAUCCCAGACCGGGAAGAAAAGGAACAAGGCAUGGCUUAACAGUGUCUAAGACGCAGCAGACGGGGUGGCACUGCUGAAGAUAGAAAAUGAGGACUAGGACACAAAAAGAUAAUAAAUGAGAGCAUUAGUGAGGAUGAAGAGAGUCAAAAGAAAUCUGAAGCUACUGAAUAAACCUUAAUCCAUCUGAGUAAACCGAAAAGAGAAAAUUCAGGAAGGAGGCAGAUAAUGGAUGGAUUCUGUACAAAGGAGUGUUAAAGAGUGUGUGUAGGACAGACAGUCCAAAGACAAAUAUUUGCUCUGGGAUUGGACAAAAUAUUUGAAAACAAACUGGUGGUUUGUCUGUCUCUCUGACUUUUCAUUUUCUUAUAAUAAAAAGCCGUGAUAUAAAGGAUCUCCUUAAAACUAGUUAAAAAGUGUGUUAACAGACAGCAGCUGGUGUCUGUUUUCAGCUUGGACUCAGUUUUAGGGAGAUGGUAUGCUCUGUUUGCCACAAGUUAAGUUCAGGAACGAAAAAGUAUUGCUGUCUAAAAUUGUUGAUAUUUGUAUUCUACUACUUUUACUUUUAACUUAACUUAAUUUUAAAAAGCAGUACUUUGUAUAAAUUUCAUACUAUUUUAUAUAUGAAUAGAAUAAGUAUAGGUACUUGUGAAGUUGUCAUUAUGCUGUGUUGCAUUUUGGAUGAAUGGGUGUUUUUUUUUUGUUUUUUUGUUUUUUUUUUGCUAUAUUAGGACCUUCAGGAUGAUGUUUUUAUGCACAUAGAGUUAGCCUAACCUCUAAAAUCAAGUUUUAGCCCAUAUCUGUCUGGUAUAAAAAAAUUAAAAACAUAUCUCACCAUUGUAAAUUAAAGAAACUUCCAAAUUUAAACAAUAAUUAUUAACAGUAUAGCAGCUUGUGACACCUACUGAGAGUGACUUCCUAAAUUGAACCCGUAUCCGUACCGUAUCCAGUAGUUUAUUAAUAAAUAAGACUUUUAAAAGCAGUUUAAAGGAAUUUUUGACACAUUCUUUUGCUCAUUACAUGUAAUAUUGAUCUGCAUCUGAAAGCUGGUUUUCCUUUUUUUAUUGUUAGGACAAUAGUUCCUCCUGUUGUUUUCAUCUUUUACGUCUUGCUCUGAUUUGAUGGCAUGAUGGAGAUUUUUGCACUGACCUAUAAAGACAAGUGUUCAAUUUUGA